GCCUCUUCUCUCUCUCUCUCUCUCUCUCUUUCUCGCCGACGAUGAGAACGCGAAUCGCGACUCGCUGCUGAAAGGAGGGAGAAGAUGAUGCAGUCGAAGCUCUCGCUCGCCCCGCCGAAGCCGUGGCCGGCUCCGUCGCCGCCGCCGCCGCCGCCGCCGCCGUAUCGCGGAGGCUCCCUCUUCUCCGUCGGCACUCCGGCCGCCCGCUCCCGGCGGGCCCCGCGGCUGAAGCUGGUGCGCCAGUCUCUCGGCGACAAUUGGAAGCUCAGCGACAUCGACGCCGGUGCGGUGCAGGAGCAGGUGACUUCGUGGCUGUCGAAGACGCAGAGCUUUUUGAGAGGAGCGACGUCUCCGCUGGUGAAGAGCGGUCAAGGCAAAAGGCCUGAUUCGGGGAAUGUCUCGAUCGCUCGGGACAUGGGGGAGAUCUUCGAAGGCGAGCGGACGGUGGAGCGGAGGAUGCCGAACGGGGUGCUGUCCUGGGAGGCUGUUUUGGCGAUAGAGCAAUUCAGCAGGAUGAAUGGAUUAACUGGUCAGAAAAUGCAAAAGAUAUUCAAAGCCCUGGUCCCUGAGUCUGUAUAUAACGAUGCAAGGAACUUGGUGGAGUACUGCUGCUUCAGAUUCUUGUCAAGGGAUGAUUCCCAUUUUCAUCCUUGCCUUAAGGAACCUGCAUUCCAGAAGCUAAUCUUCAUAACGAUGCUAGCCUGGGGGAAUCCCUACUGUGGAGAUGCCAACCAAGAUGCUGUGGAGAGAGCUUCCUUUCAGAUUAAGCUUGUAGGCGAAGAGGCUUUUACCCGAAUUGCUCCUGCUGUCCAUGGAGUGGCUGAUUCAUCGACAGUGCAUAAUCUAUUUAAGGCACUUGCUGAUGAUAAUGGCAUCUCCUUGAGCUCAUGGUUAACUUACGUAGACGAGCUUCUCAAGGUACAUGAAGGACGAAAAUCUUAUCAGGCUCGAGAAGGUACAAAGAUCUCUCUGGAGCAGGUCUUAUGUAUUGGCUCUAGCAGGAAAAGGCCUGUGCUUAAAUGGGACAAUAAUAUGGGAUGGCCGGGAAAUGUUAUCUUGACAGAUAAAGCAAUCUAUUUCGAGGCAGUUGGUUUAAUGGGACGCAAAGAUUCAGCAAUGCUGGAUCUUACAAUACCUGGAGCAGGUGUGGAAAAAGCAAAAGUUGGACCUUUGGGAUCUCUUCUUUUUGACUCUGCUAUCUCUAUUUCUUGUGGUCCUCAGUCAGAGACAUGGGUUUUGGAAUUUGUUGAUUUGGGAGGCGAGAUGAGAAGAGAUGUCUGGCAUGCUUUCAUAUGUGAAGUUAUAGCUUUGCACAAGUUCAUCCGUGAGUAUGGUCCUGAAGACAAUGAUCAAUCUAUCUCUCAUGUAUAUGGAGCCCAUAAAGGAAAGGAACGAGCAAUCAUGAGCGCCAUUAAUAGCAUAGCUAGACUUCAGGCUCUUCAAUUUAUGCGUAGGUUGUUGGAUAAUCCCCUUAAACUUGUUCAGUUUUCGUACCUACAAAGUUCACCCUAUGGUAGUGUUGUUUGCCAAGCUCUGGCUUUGAAAUUUUGGGGUGGACAGCUAGUUACAAGGUAUACAGAAGCAGGUGCUCCAUCAGAUCAAGAAUCAUUGCCUUCUGAUGAAAUAUCAGAAAAUACCAGUCAUAUUUAUGACAUAGAUGGAAGCAUAUACUUGAGAAAAUGGAUGAGAUCUCCAUCUUGGGUUUCCAGCUCUUCUGCCACUUUUUGGAGGAAUGCAUCAAUAAAACAAGGUCUUGUAUUAAGUAAAAAUCUUGUUGUGGCUGAUGCAAGCCUGGUAGAAAAAGCAGCAACUAUUUGCAGAAAGAAAGGCCAGAUGGUUGAAAAAACACAAGCAACAAUAGAUGCUGCAAUGCUGAAGGGAAUCCCCAAUAACAUAGACCUUUUCAAGGAAGUUAUAUUUCCUUUGACAAUGGCUAUCAGAAGUUUUGAAAGGCUCAGACGCUGGGAGGAGCCUCACCUCACAGUCUCAUUUCUUGCAUGUGCAUAUACCUUGAUUUUCAGGAAUUUAUGGCCAUAUGUAUUUCCAUCGGCAUUAAUUAUUCUUGCAGCUGGUAUGCUGACAUUAAAAGGGUUAAAGGAGCAGGGCCGCCUUGGAAGAUCUUUUGGAUCAGUUACAAUUCGUGAUCAGCCACCUUCGAAUACCAUUCAAAAAAUCAUAGCUGUGAAAGAUGCCAUGCGUGAUGUUGAGAACUAUCUCCAGAAUGUGAAUAUUUUACUUCUAAAAGUACGAACAAUUGUGCUUGCUGGUCAUCCUCAGAUAACAACAGAGGUUGCCCUGGUUCUGUUAUCUUCGGCGACAAUCAUGCUUCUUUUCUCGUUCAAAUAUAUCUUAAGUUUUCUUCUGUUUGACCUCUUCACACGGGAACUGGACUUCCGGAAAGAAAUGGUUAAGAGGUUCAUGAGCUUGCUAAAGGAGCGUUGGGAAAUGAUACCAGCUGCACCUGUCGUGGUUUUGCCUUACCAAAAUGAAGAGUCCGGGUCGCCCAGCGGAGGAAUGACAAUUGACAACAAGAAAGAUCACAAGGCAAGCUGAGAGGCGGGAAUCGGCUAUAAGUGGUGAACUUUCCCUGCUAUUUAUUCUUAAUUCAUGUACAUAAAGUAUUUUUGGAACGUAUCUGAUUGUUAGGACCUUUUCUUCUCUCUUCUACAAAAAACACAAAAUAAAAAGAAAUAAUGAUAAAUAAAUAAAAAGCGUUAUGGCUCACUGUUCGUCA